UACAAAUCUGGGAUUUUGUUCCUAUAUGUUUUGAAUUGUUCUUGGGGCACAUGGAGGCUACCGAGUGGAAGAAACGUUAUGCGGGGAUUUCUUUGCUAGCAGUGAUUGCCGAGGAGUGCUCAGAUGAAAUGGUUAUGAGGAAAGACUGUUUGGACCAAGUUAUUGCCAUUAUUUUGAAGUCAUUCAAAGAUCCUCAUCCUCGAGUUUGUUGGGCAGCUUUUAAUUUUAUGCAGCAGCCUACAACUCUGGUCCAGACAAUGCAAAUUCUCUAUCAUUUGAAGAUUGUCUAUGCACUGGACGCUGCACUUGACCAACACCGGAACCCAACAGUCAAGGAACAAGUUGUCUCAGCUUUACAAUACUUGUUAAAGAAUGUUCCUUCAGAUAGCUUAAGAAUGCACACAGACUUGGAUACUAUAUUCUGGAAGUUGCAGAAAGAACCACAGAAAACCGAUCAGAAUGCGUCAGUUCUGAUCAUUAGGGAUCUGCAGCUAUAAGUACAAUGCGGAGAUACAAAUGAAAUGCUGCACUUUUUCUAGAGAUGAUAUGGAAAAGAUGGAAGAAAGAUAUGGUUGAAUUAGAAGAAAGAAGUUUGGAAUUUUGUUAAGAUAGAAUGAUGGUGAUCUAGAUGUAAUGGAAUAGAUGAUACGUUACUCAUCCUCCUUGCUCCUCCAGGAAUAUGGUCGGAAAAUAAUGACACCACCGCGAGUGGUGGUGCGCUGCCACUUGUGCCUCCAAAAGUGGUGGUGCAUGAAAAAUUCACCAGAAUUUCACUCUUUUUGCCAAAAGAGAUCGAACACAUGUAUUGAUAUACAUGGGU